AUGGUCUCUAACCUUCAGGAUGAGCUACCAUCUAUGUCCUCAGCUACUCAUAUGUCUCCACAAAUAUCUGAUAUUGAGGAUGAAGACCUCUUUGCCUCUACUUCUACCCAGCAUGAGCCUUCAGAAAUGCCUGGAUCUGAACCCCCACUCAGCCCCACUGCUGAGGAUGAGCCUCUGUCAACUGACCCUGCUAACUGGCCCUCACCUCUGACUGACAGGAUUCGGACUGAGUUGGUUCACAGAAGACCAAGUAGGUUGCCACCUGACUUUGUUUUCCGUAGAAAUGAGAGUGAUGGAAGAAGUUGCCACCACCAAUAUUUUAAGAAGACAUUAGUUAGUGGUGAAAAGAUGGCAAGAAGUUGGCUGAUGUAUUCCAUGAAGAACAACAGCCUCUUUUGCUUCUGCUGCAAAUUGUUUUCCAAGAGGAACAUUCAUUUAACAAGUUCAGGAACGGCAGAUUGGAAACAUGCGAGCACUCACCUCACAUCACAUGAAAACAGUCCAGAACACCUCAAUUGCAUGAAAGCAUGGAAGGAACUGGCAGUGAGAUUAAGAAGUGGGGAAACUAUUGAUAAGCAGCAGGUGGCACUUCUGGAGGCUGAGAGAGUGAGAUGGAGAGCAGUGCUGACACGUCUCACUGCUAUUGUGCAGUCACUGGCAGUUCGAAAUUUGUCAGUCUCAGGAACGGCUCACUGGCCUUGCUAUCAUCAGUAUCAAUCACUCAAUGGGGGAGCAGAUUUCGUAUGAUGACAUUAUUGAUGAUUUUGCAUCAAGGAAGGCCAGAAAGGUCAGGUUUUAGUUUUAAUUUGUGUUUUCUGUUCUUAGUGCAAUAAUGUAAUAAUUAGAUUUUCUAUAGUGUGAUUUGUGUGAUGAAGGAUUUGUGCUAUUUAGAAUGUUUAUUCUAUAUUUGAUUUGUAUAUUAUUCUUAAUAUUUUAUAUUAUUGUUGUUCUAUGCUCAUUACAUUCUGAUUGUACAUAUUUUUGCCACUUUUAUGUAUAUAGAGUAUAUUUAUUUAAGUUCUGAUAACUUAUACUGUUUUGUGUAGAAUUGUGUUUUUCAAAUGUUCUGUUGAAGGAUUUGUGCAAUUGAGAAAUGUAAGCUUGUCAUAGUAUAACAUGGCUGUUUGUGCAAAAUUGUG